CGUGCUUUCUCCCCCAUCUCACCCCUUUUAUUCUCGCACUCUCCUUUCUGCAGAACCUUCCCCAUGGACAUGCGUAAGAUCGCCUUAAGCCCAACGGUCUCUCUGGGAGGCUACUUCACCUCGUCCAGCACCCAAAGACGAUCCUUUGCCUUGGCCUCCAUGCAGAGCGUGCACGGGAGAUCCGACUCCAGCAACAACUCUGCCUCCCCGCUGUGGCCGUCCACGGCCGACGAUCUGACCCCGUACCGCAUCCUUGGGCUACAGCCCGGCGAACCGUAUCGCAAGAGCGCCUUCUACGAGCGGGCCAAGCUCUACCACCCCGACCGACACAGGGCCGUACCGUCCGGGCUGGCCCCGGCCAUUCGGGCCUCGCGGUACCGAAUGGUCGUCGCCGCUCACGAACUGCUCUCGGAUCCGCACAAGCGGGAGGCCUACGACCGUUCAGGCGUGGGGUGGAAGUGGGGAGUAACCGCCGCUCCGCAGACGACCGCUGGUGGUGCUCGACGGACGUACACGUACACGUACGCGUCUCAGCGCCCUUCUGGGCCGGGGCCUGGUCCUGCCGGUGUCGGUGCCGGUGCUAGUGCUGAUGCAAGUGACUACAGCAAUGCGACAACUGCCGCCGACAGAAACCCCCCCGCGCUGCGAUUCUUCCGCACGCGCUCCGGCCUGCUCCUCGUGGUCGUCAUUCUCGUCUUCUUCCAGAGCUGUCUAUUUAUUGUUCAGUACAAUAAGGCGCAGCUCCGCGCAUGUCAAGUCCACCGGCAUUGCCAGCGCUUGCUGGAGCGCCGCCGUACCCGCGCGGGUAACCUGGCUGCCCUGCCGGCCGCCCAGCUCGAGCGCUUUCUCCUCAAUCGUGAUCCCAGCGGUAUGGGGCUGACGGGGGUUGAAAGGUAUGUCUAUCGGGAUGUGCUGCCUACUUGCGCGCAUGGUCCUGUGUAGGCCUGGGUCUGAGCGGUGAGGUAAGAUGCCUCGGAAUGAGGUCCGUGAUCUAUAAUGCUUUGCAGGCAGCGAGAGGGGAAUUGCACGGCCCGGGCGAGGGGAUGGUAACUGCAGGUCAGAGACGAAUACAUUCCGAUACGAAGUUUGAAUGUGGCGAGAGCCGCUGAGAUGAUCUCUCAAAGUAUUCGGUCGGCGUGGCUGAUCUCAUCUGGCUGCGUGAUAUUUAGCGCGUCUUUCCUGCACUGUCGUUUUAGCAUGGGGCAAUCAUUUAUAAGACCCACCACGGUGUAGAGAGAUCGCUCCAUGUAGCCCCUUCCAGGUUACCUAGUCAAAAGGCUUGACAGGCCGUCUGAGAGUUGAUGGUGGUGAUCUGAGGCAAUUAGCUAGUGAACCACACAAUCAUCCUGUACCUAUCAUUAGAGCGAGCGACAAAGCCAUGUCA